UUUUUUGCCAGUAACGAGUUCUUCAGAGUGCGGGAAAGGACCAGAAAGGGUAUAACACCGCCACCAUCUCCUGUUCAUUCCAGAGUUAAAAUUGGUGUGGAAGUGACUAUGGCCAUUCUUGUUUGCCUCACAGCCAUGUUCGGUAACUUGCUCGUUGUUUAUGUUCAUGCCGCUGUGGUGUUAAUACAUUUUACAUCAUUUGCGGCUGAGUUGUUUACACAGAGCUUUGAAUUUGCUCUCGUUUUAUCUAAAGAAUUACUGAAAAGUAAGCCACCUCAAAGUCUUCCAAUCUAAAUUUAGAUUGCAAAAUUAGACAUUAAGACAUCUCUACAAAAUUCGUGUUCAAUUGUGAGAAUGAUUUACGGAAAACAAUUCAUGGUAAAAUGUAUAAUCAUAUAUUUUUUUUGUCUUAAAAUGUUUCCCCGCCACUUAGCCUAAUCUAUACGCUGAUCUGAAUCACACCGAACUGAUCUAAAGUCUCUAAUCGGCUUCAUCAACGGAAAAAAAAUUGGAGACAGUAACUCUAAAUACUGAAUUAAAAAUCACACGAUGAUAACCUUAAUUUAUUUUUUUUUUAACCAGUGCUGUUUAUUCUUCGACAUAAUUAUUAUAUAAGUUUUUAUGGAAAAAAAUUAUUUUUUUUAAUUAAUUUGACUUUUUGUCCUUUUGUAAUCUGCUACAUUUUUCAAAUGAACAAUAGUGACAAAAACUUCUGUAAAACAGAUCUCAAAAAUCCCACGAUUGAUGAAAAGGGGAAUUAUCACAAAGCCAAUCAGAUCGCAUAUAUUCCUAUGGGCUCAGUGCAUGAUUAUCAAAACGGAUUCAACGAUAAGUAUCUAAUAUAUUUUCCAUUUAUUUUUUUCCGGAUGCUCAGAUGUUAUUUCAAAAGGCGGCGAACACCCACAGGUUUUUGAAAUGUUAAAAUCUUUAGUUUCCUUUCAAUCGUAUUUGUUCUACUUCGGUGCCACUUUUUUAUUUGCAGCAAAAGGGAAAGGCAAAAACAUAGGUGUCGUGGACAAGCUUAUAGCGAAUCGAAACUUCAGCGGAUACCCCGAGUGUGUGAUAAAAGGUGAGUGUGUACUAGAAAUAUGAGUGAAAAUUGUGCGGUGAAGCUGCAGCAAAAUUUAGUUCAUCUUCUUACCUCACAAGAUGAGAGCAGACGAUUUCUUGAAAUCGUGCGGUGUAGCUGCAGCAAAAUUUAGUUCAUCCUGUCACCACACAAGAUGAGAUUAGACCAUUCCUUAGGAUCUGAAUGUCGGUUGGCUCCUUCAAAUAAUUUGAUUAGCUGUAGAUCUAGCACAUUUAACGUUCUUUACACAAAAACUGUAAGUUAUUUAUUUUCUGUGUUUGGAGCAUUUUUCAAAAGUUCGUUAUUAUAAUUUCAGUUUUCUUCGUCAGGGAAAAAACAUGUUUCAGCCACCUUCGCAUUACUCUGUUGCGCGCUCCAGAACUGAAAUUGGUGUCGAAGUCUCUUUGGCAAUUCUCGUUUGCCUCUCAGCCAUGUUGGGUAACCUGCUCGUUGUGUAUGUCAUUAAUAGAGACUCCAGGCUUCAGAACGUUACCAACACCUUUAUUCAUAGUUUGGCAUUGACUGAUAUCGCUAUGGCCACAAUAUACAUGCCAUUCUGGAUAGCGAGCCUGUGUGCGGGAACUUGGAUCUUCAGUCAAAAGUGGUGUGAGGUGACAGGAUCAAUAAUGUCAAUAUUGGCUCAUACCUCCAUAUUAACACUAGGAUUGAUAGCGUUCAACCGAUACAUCAAAGUCGUAAAACCCACCCUGUACAGAAAAGUAUUUCCCAGUAAAAAGGCAGCUAAGCUUUACUGCGCUUUCGUUUGGCUGGUUUCCAUUCUUCUCGCCGUACCUUUUCUUGGGGGAUGGGUGGGGAUAUCAUAUCGCACUAAACUGGGUAUUUGCACCGUAGAGUCCAAGACAUACAUACAAGGCGUUGUGGGAGUGUUUAUGAACGGAGUUAUGAUUCUAAUAUUCUACUGCUACUUCAAAAUCUACAAAGCUGUGAAGGGAAGCACAGCAAAUAUAAACACGCAUGCUAAAGGAAAUGGAGUCGUCACUUCAAAUGAUCACCCCGCUAACCGUUCCAAUAAUACUAACGUAAAAGUUCUAAAGACAUGCUUUGCUGUGGCUUGUUUCUUUGUCAUUACAUGGUGUCCAGUCUCCAUCGUCGCUGUCACAGGGACUUCAAGGUUUGAUGUUGAUCAAAAGAUC